UCACUUAACUGUUUUCUUCUGACUUGACAGUGAUUAAUAAGUGAUAGUGAAUCUGAAAUAGUAAUUUAUUAUAUUCUGCAAGACAUAUUAAAGAUUUGUGAAAUAUGUCUCUAUUCGGAGAUUUCGAUAUGUUGGAGAACGAUCCUUUCUUUGGGUCUCACAUGCGUACCAUGAGACAGAUGAAUUCUAUGGUGAAUUCUUUAUUAGCUGAUCCCUUUGGAGACAUGAUGGGUGGAUUUGGCAACUUCAUGUCGCCACGUCCUCAUAGAAACAUGUUCAAUUCAAUGAUGCCCAUAAUGCCUAAUUUUAACAGACUUCUCAAUGACAACAUGGUAAAUAAUGCAUUCAGUAGCAGCAGUAGUACCAUAGUAAGCAUGACUUCAGGACCCGAUGGUCGUCCCCAAGUUUAUAAAGCAACCUCCAGUACUCGUUGUGGUCCAGGAGGUAUCAAAGAAACUCAACAAACUGUUACAGAUUCUAUAACUGGUACCAAAAAAAUGGCAAUAGGACAUCACAUUGGUGAAAGGGCUCACAUCAUUGAAAAGGAACAAAACAUGCAUACAGGAGAAAGAGAGGAAAGGGAGGAGCUGAUCAAUGUAGAUGAUGAUGAAAAAGAAGAAUUCAAUCACGAAUGGGAAUCCAAAGCCAGACCUGUACGUUCUGAGGCUCGUAGAAUAGUUGGUUCUAACAGAAAGUAUCCUUAUGGGGCACACACUUCAUCAUUACCUGCUAUUACAGCUGGACCAAGUAGAAAUCGCCAGGCAAGUCCGCAGUUGGUAACAUCAAGAAGAAGUAUAAGAGCGUCUCCAUUGACACUUAGUGGUAGUAGCGCAAUGAACAAACCAUAUUCUCCAAUAGGAACUACUCCAGCACGCAAAAACAGAAACAUCAAAACGGUAAAUGGCUCACCUCCACCUGCUGAUAUGUAAAACUCGCCAGAAAAACGAUAGCUUUCUUUUGAUUGGCUGUGUGAGUUUAAGAUCUUACAGGUAUUAAGAGAUCUGUACCUCCCGAAUUGAAUUUGUUUUUUAUAUGUUGGAUUUGGAAGAAGAUGUAUGUUUUUGCGAAUCGAAGUGAUUAAGGAAAUAUAAUAAAAAACCGUGGAUGUCAGUGAAUAGUUUGAAAAUAAUUAUGGUAGAUUAGGAUGGUUCUCUAAGUAUUGAAUUAGGCAGGGGUACUUGUCAAUUCGUUUUUUUUUAUGAUCGGUCCAUUGUAAUAGAAAUCAAUAAAGUAAAUGAGUUGAUAUCUAAAGUUAUAAUUGUAGAGCGGAAACAUGAACACAUGUUGAUAUAGAUUAUCCAGAUUGCUUUAGAAUUAUCAUGAAUAUUAUUUCUCUGUUCGAAAUUGCUUACUAGAUUGAUGGUGAGUUAUUAUGAAUACUAAAUAUUAUGAAUAUUUAAGUUGAAAUUUAAAAAUAAAUCUGAAUAUCGAAAUAAAGCAGUUUCAAAGUCAUGGGGCACAAACAUAUUCCAUAUAUUCAAUAGAUUGACAACUAGUAAUAGCACUAAUUAGGUAUGUAUUUGUGAGUAGGAUUGUAAUUUUCAAAAAUAGAACUUGUUUCCUCGAGGUAAUGUUUCUAUGAAGAAUCAAAAUCUUGUAUAAAAAAUAAUCAAUUGAUUUAAUAGCGAUAAAAAUUCAUGGUUUUUGAUUUUUUCCUUUGUUGAGAGACAUAUAUUUUUUUUUAUAUAUCAAUCUAUGUAAUUAAUUUUAGAUAGGUUUAGAAUUAAAUUUGAAGUAUUUUUCAAUGUUCAGCAUAGUUCUUCUUCAUUUAUCAGCCAAUUUGUAAAUAUUGAGUUAAUUUAUUUUUUAUGAAAUAAAAGGAAGGAGAUAUUUCUGUGUUUUUAUAUGUACGUGUGUAGAUAUUGAUUUUAUAUAUGAUAUUGAGUGAAAUAUAUGUGAUCCUUAGUCUUUCA